AUGUCUGGACGUGGAAAGAAACAAGCAGUGGCUGGCAAAUCUGGAGCUACAAAAAGGCAAACCAGAUCAGCCAAGGCUGGUCUGCAGUUCCCUGUGGGUCGUGUCUACAGGCUCCUUAAAAGAGGGAACUACGCUAACAAGAUCGGUCUUGGCGCUGCCAUCUACCUGGCUGCGGUGCUGGAGUACCUGACUGUGGAGAUCCUGGAGCUGGCAGGGGAUGCUGCACGGGAAAACAAGAAAGCCAGAAUCCUGCCCAGGCACAUUCAGCUGGCUGUGAGAAAUGAUGAUGAGCUAAACAGGCUCUUUGCCCGUGUGACCAUUGCUCAAGGAGGGGUUAUGCCAAACAUCAAUUCCCAGCUUCUUCCCAAGAAAACUGUCAGAGAUGCUGGUCCUUCUCAGGAGCAAGGUGGUAGCCAGUGA